UCCGAAAGCAAAAAACCCUUCUGCCUCUUUCGUCUGAAAAUGCAGAAGAAACCAACAGCUCUCCAAAAUCUCUUUGAUUCUCUCUGAAAUAUUUUACCAACGAAUCAAAUGUAUUUUUCUUGUAAUUAAUAUAUGUACUCAAAUAUACAACUGCAUAAUUAAAAUUAUUAAAAGUCUCAGGAAGCAAGAAAAAUUGCAUAGAAUUCAAAAAUGGCUCCAAAGCAGAAGCAGAUGAAGCCGACGCCGGCGGCGGCGACUCCGACAAUCGCGAUAGAGGAUCUUUUCACAUCUCUUGAUCGCCACAUCCAGCGGUCUGAGUUUAAUCAAGCCAUCAAAGUUGCAGAUCAAGUGCUAUCGGUUGCACCUAGUGACGAGGAUGCUUUGCGAUGUAAAGUUGUGGCGUUGAUAAAAAAUGAUAAGAUCGAUCAAGCCUUGACGACAAUUCAGGAAUCUGCCAAGAAGUUUCCUGUGGAUUUUAGCUUUUUAAAGGCAUACUGCUUGUAUAGGCAAAAUAAGCUGGAGGAAGCAUUGGAGUCCUUGAAAGGACUGGAAGGGAGUACUGAGACUAUGCUGUUAGAAUCUCAGAUUUUAUAUCGUCUGGGGAAAGUUGAUGCUUGUGUGGAUGUUUAUCAGAAGCUCCUUAAGUCCAAAAUUCAGUCAUUAGAAAUAAAUGUUAUAGCGGGUUUGGUUUCUGCUGGUAAAGCUAAUGAAGUGCAAGGAGUGAUGGACUCACUCAGAGUUAAAGCAACUAGCAGUUUUGAGUUGGCAUAUAACACAGCUUGCUCAUUGAUUGAAAGAGGCAAGUAUAAGGAUGCAGAGCAACUCCUGUUAUCAGCUAGAAGAAUUGGGCAAGAAACUCUAAUGGAUGAGAACUUUGCUGAUGAUGAGAUAGAAAAUGAGUUAGCCCCUAUAGCUGUUCAAUUAGCAUAUGCUCAGCAAAUGCUAGGAAACACACAAGACGCGCUUGUAUCUUAUACUGAUAUUAUCAAAAGAAACCUGGCAGAUGAAUCAUCGCUUGCUGUGGCAAUAAACAAUCUUAUUGCUUUGAAGGGUCCUAAAGAUGUGUCUGAUGGACUGAGAAAACUUGAUAGGCUAAUUGAGAAAGGUGAUGGAACACAAAGCUAUAAGCUUACUCAUGGACUUGACCUAAAGCUCUCAACAAUGCAAAGAGAGGCAUUAUACACUAACCGUAUGCUGCUACUGCUUCAUUCUAAUAAGUUGGACCAGGCUCGUGAACUAGUUACUGCGCUGCCUGGCAUGUUUCCUUUCAGUGUAAUGCCUGUUCUUCUUCAAGCUGCUGUGCAUGUGAGAGAAAAUAAGGCAGGCAAAGCUGAGGAAAUACUGGGGCAGUUCGCAGAAAAGUUCCCUGAGAAGUCCAAGGUUAUCGUGCUUGCAAGGGCACAGAUUGCAGCUGCUGCGGGUCACCCCCAAGUUGCUGCUGAGUCUUUGGCAAAAAUAGCUGAUAUCCAGCACAUGCCUGCCACUGUGGCCACGAUCGUGUCUCUCAAAGAACGAGCUGGAGAUAUUGAUGGUGCUGAGGCAGUGUUUGAUUCCUCAAUUAGAUGGUGGUCAAAUGCCAUGACUGAAGGCAACAAGCUUGAUAUCAUCAUGCAAGAGGCUGCUGCUUUUAAGCUUAGGCAUGGGAGGAAAGAAGAGGCAGCACGCCUCUACGAGGAAUUGGUCAAAAGCCAUGGGAGUGUGGGAGCUUUGGUUGGCUUAAUCCAAACUGUUGCCCAUGCUGAUAUUGAAAAGGCGGAAACUUAUGAAAAGCAGCUUAAACCGCUACCUGGUUUGAAGGCAGUUGAUGUGGAUGGCUUAGAAAAAACUUCUGGAGCUAAGCCCGUUGAGAGCGGUCCCACUGCAGGUAUAGCUGAAGCAUAUGAUGCCAAAACCAAGGAGAAAACGAAGAAGAAGAGGAAGAGAAAGCCGAAGUACCCAAAAGGUUUCGACCCGGCAAAUCCAGGUCCUCCCCCAGAUCCUGAAAGGUGGCUACCUAAGAGGGAAAGAUCGAGUUACAGACCCAAAAGAAAGGACAAGCGAGCUGCUCAAAUUCGAGGUUCUCAGGGUGCAGUGGCUAAGGAGACAGCCACAAAUGUCAAUUUGAAAUCAACCCAAACUUCUAGUUCCAAAGGAUCUUCACAGAAUGCUAAUGCUGAGCAAUCUAAACCUUCGUCCAAGUCAUCGAGGAGGAAGUCGCGUAACUAAUUGGAUCAACAGCUGCUGUUUCUUAGUUUUCAGGAGACUGGGAAAGUUUCCUGAUUUUGUAGUCUAUAUGAAUUAUGGUUAAAGAUUUUUUUUUUCUGGCUGGAUCAUCAGCCUCUGCAACGUAGGAAUUCAUCAGGUCAUUCACCAGCUGUUGAUCUGCACUGGGCAGUUAAAAUUUGCUGCCAGGGCACUUUUUAUGUUACCUUUUAAUGAUUUUUGUUUUAUAUAUUUUUUUGAGCUUCUUUUUUUAA